GCGUCUAAAUGAAGUGGCCCAGCCAUGCAAUGUUCCUGGAAGGCAGUGAUCCUGCUGGCCUUGGCCUCCAUCGCCAUCCAGUACACCGCCAUCCGGACUCUCACCUCCAAGCCCUUCCAGCUCUGCCCCGUGCCAAGCCCCCAGAACUGUGGCCUCCUGGGAGGCUCCGAGACAGAGUCCCCCAUAGAGGGGCGGGCCGGCUGCGACGACUACCCCUACUUCAGCUUCAACGCCUCCCGUAAGACCCACAUCAUGGUGCUGGCUACAACGCGCAGCGGCUCCUCCUUCGUGGGCCAGCUGCUCAACCAGCAUGCUGACAUCUUCUACCUAUUCGAGCCCCUCUACCAUGUCCAGACCACUCUGAUCCCUCGGCUAUCUCACAGCCGCAACGCAGCCGACCGCAGGGUGAUGCUGGGUGCCAGUCGCGAUCUCCUGCGGAGCCUCUACGGCUGUGACCUCUACUUCCUAGAGAGUUACAUUAAGCCGGCGCCGGCCAACCACACCACGGACAAGCUGUUUCGUCGAGGGGCCAGCCGGGCGCUGUGCUCGCUGCCCGUGUGUGAUGCCUUUGGACCCACCGACGCCAAUGUAGAGGAGGGUGACUGCGUCAAGAAGUGUGCCUCCCUCAACAUGACCCUGGCGGCCGAUGCCUGCCGCGAGAAGCGGCACGUGGCGAUCAAGGUUGUGCGUGUGCCGGAGAUCGGGGACCUGCGGGCGCUGGUGGAGGAUCCUCGGCUGAACAUCAAGGUUAUCCAGUUGGUGCGCGACCCUCGCGGGAUCCUGUCGUCGCGGAUCGAGACUUUCCGGGACACCUACCGUCUGUGGAGGAUCUGGAGGGCCACAGGGCGGAGGCCCUACAACCUGGACCUCAGCCAGCUGACGGUGGUUUGUGAGGACUUCCUCGGCUCUGUGUCGACAGGACUCAGCCACCCCCACUGGCUCAAAGGGAAGUAUAUGCUGGUGCGUUACGAGGAUCUGUCCAGGAACCCUCUGCUGAAGACCAUGGAGAUAUAUGACUUCCUGGGUCUGCCGAUGGACAAGAGCGUGGAGGAGUGGAUACAGACCAACACUAGGGGCAGCACCGAGCUGUCGGCUAAACACAAGUACGGUACGGUGAGGGACUCAGCGGCCAACGCCGAGAGCUGGCGCUUGAAACUGUCCUACGACAUGGUGGAGUACACGCAGGCCACGUGUCACAAGGUACUACAUCAGCUGGGCUAUAAGGCAGUAAAGUCAGCUGAGGAACUGAAAAACAUGUCACUCUCACUCGUGCAGGACAAAACUUUUGUACCUUUUUCCUAACAAAGAUAGUUCCCGGAUGACUAUUGUUUUAUAUAUUUAUAAAUGUUGCCUUAUAAUUUUCAUGGGUUAUGUUUGUGUUUUUGUCUUUUGAUUUAAAAUUUGCACUACAACUUAAGAAUUUUUAAAGUCAUCUAAGGGUGGGAGUUCACUUGUUGGUUUAGGAACAGCACAAAAUGUUUGAUUUAAAAAAAAAAAAACCUAGAGAUGAACACACCAGUUUACAAACGUAAAUUCAACUCCAGAGGAUUUGAUAAUGAAGACCAUUGACUUUGACUUUCAGCCGUCUGAACUAAAUGCAAAGCACCGUCCUCAUAGACUCCCUGUAUGCCAGCUGAUGCAUCAACACACACAGUGAAUGUUGCCAUUCCCUCUAAGGGGUGACUGAGUCCGCGUUGCAGGAGGACAACAGACUUUUAUAGGACUGGACAACAUUGGACUGGACAAGACCAACUGUGCAAUAAAUAGUGAAUGUUGCACUCAACCUUUACCAGGAUCGUCUUUCUGUCAAGGGGAACGGGGAAUACUGGUGACAGGGUGUCACACAACACAGUGUAAUAGCCCAUGAUACCUACACCCCCCCUGAGUAAAGGGCUUAAAUCCCACAGGAAGUGGUAUGAAUGUUUUAUCACAGCAUCAGGCGUUCAGGGUCUCUAACCAUCUGUUCCUAACAAAGUCAUGAAUACUAACCCAGCAUCCAUAGCAGAAACAAGAGGAAAUGGCACAAUUGAGUCCAUGGGGGGGGGGGUGUUUUUUCCAUUGGUGACCAAUAAACAGCACUUCCGAAACAUUCCUAAACCCAGUCAGAGGUAAAGGCAUUAGUGUUACAUCACACCCCUUGCCACCGCAGUAUCUGGGGCAGAUUGGUAUAAGCAUUUCCUCAAUGGAAUGUUAGCAUCUGUUGAGAGGGAUUCAAACGUAGAACGUUAAAGGUAAAACAAAACAGAGAAUUAUUAUGAAUUGAAGACAUAUUUUCAUCUUAUUAAGCAUCGUCUUCCAUUCCUUUCAGAGAAAACUGCAAGCAAAUCACUCAUGACCAAAUCUAAAUCUGACUCCCUUGGCUCUUUAAUGUAUUUAGAAACAAUGCUAUACUGAAUAGUGAAGGAUGUGAAUGCCCAGGUCAAAGUGAAGUUUAGGGACAGUGUGGACUGUGAUUUCUAUCUGUUUACCCAGAACAGAUAACGCUGUAUAUGGGAAUUCACACACUCUGUGGCUCAUCAGUAUUGGUGGCUGAGCCCAUUGAGAUGCAGAACACAAGGCUGUGAUCCUACUCUGGUCCGGGGAUGGAAGCACACUCUCCGUCUCUGUCUCUCUCUCUCUGUCGCUCUCUCUCUGUCUGUCGCUCUCUCUCUCUGUCUUACUCUCUCUGUCUCU